AUGUCGUCCCCUUACACCGUCGUCAACACCAAGAGCGCCCCCGCCGCUAUCGGCCCCUACGUCCAGGCUGUCAAGCACAAUGGCAUCAUCUACGCUUCGGGCGCCAUCCCCCUUGACCCCGAGACCAUGACCGUCGUCGAGGGCGGCAUCAAGGAGCAGACUGCCCGUGUCAUCAAGAACAUUGAGGGUGUGCUCGCCGCCUCGGGCGCCACCAAGGCCUCGAUCCUCAAGACCACCUGCUUCCUCAAGGACAUGAACGACUUUGUCGCCUUCAACGAGGUCUACUCGGCCUUCUUUGGCGAGACCAAGCCCGCCCGCUCGUGUGUCGAGGUCGCCCGUCUCCCCAAGGAUGUCCUUGUUGAGGUCGAGUUCAUCGCCGCUGAGGUGCUCUAA